UCUCUUGCCGACAAACGUGCUGCCAACGAGACCUGAUCAGGCAAACGCCCUUGGUGGGACUCCAAGACGAUGGUCCAUGAAAUCCGAACGGGAAUACCGAGAUAGGGGUUCGUCAACGAACAGGUAAGCCCCGAGCUCAUUCUUUAUUUUGGCGAAUGCAGACAGUGUCGAUCAUUUCAUUUCUUUCCUGGCAACUUUUGUCUGAGUCAAGGUGUUGGAGCCUUGAAGUGCAGCGCGGAAAAACGAUAAAAGGAUUCUGGGCGGGCCCGGCGAUUUGGCUGAGUGAAUGUUCAACAACGUGGCCGGCUCUAUUCGUACAUCCUUGCAUGUCAAGCGGGAUGGCAAACAAGUGCCGGGUGAUGCUGGAUAGACACUCCGUAAUCACUCAUUGCUGUCGGAUUGGUGGCUUUGGGGCCUGGAGGACGAGACAGAGCCGCGUCCCGAUUCCAAAACAAGACGUCGAAUAUUGUCUAGUGGAUGAGUGCUGAUUGCCGUGUCGUGUGCGUGUAGUGCGGCUGCGAAGAUGCGAAGAAGGCGAACAAGUAAUGAUCGACGACAAGCCUCCGGCCGGGAGGGAUUGCGG